GACAUAAGGGAGGGCACGAGUGGCAAGACUUGCGCACAUUCCUCUGCAAGGUUAUUCCUGUCUCUCUCGCCUCUCAGCGCGGUCCUAGCCUGUGUUCUCUUCUCUGUGUGGGACGCCCAGGACUAACAAGCAACCAUGGAUGCCAUCAAGAAGAAGAUGUUGAUGUUGAAGAACGACAAGGAGAACGCCCUGGACAGGGCUGAGCAAGCCGAGCAGGCUAUGAAGGAUGCUCAGGAGAAGAACGUCAAAUUGGAAGAUGAGAUCAACGAUCUGAACAAGAAGAUCAGGAUGGUUGAGGAUGAGUUGGACAAGGCCCAGGAGUCCCUGAAGGACGCUACCGAGCAGCUGGAGGCAGCCACCAAGAAGGCCGCAGAUGCUGAGGCAGAAGUGGCAUCUCUGAACAGGCGUAUCCAGCUGGUAGAGGAGGAGUUGGACCGUGCCCAGGAGCGCCUGAACUCCACUGUCGAGAAACUGACAGACUCUGAGAAGGCUGCUGAUGAGAGCGAGAGAGCAAGGAAGGUGCUGGAGAACAGACAGGGUGCAGAUGAGGACAAGAUGGAGCUGCUGGACAUGCAGCUGAGGGAGGCCAAGAUGAUUGCAGAGGAGGCUGACCGCAAGUAUGAGGAGGUGGCCCGUAAGCUGGUGAUCACUGAGGGCGACCUGGAGCGUGCUGAGGAGCGCGCCGACUUGGCAGAAACUAAGGCCCGCGAGCUCGAGGACGAGUUGAAAACCACGACCGGCCAGCUGAAGUCCAUGGAGGCACAGGCCACAAAGGCUUCAGAGAAGGAAGAGGCUUAUGAGGAGCAGGUCCGCGACCUGUCAGCCAAGCUCAAGGAGGCUGAGACCCGUGCAGAAUUCGCAGAGAGGACAGUUGCGAAGCUGGAGAAGAACGUGGAUGACCUUGAAGACCAACUCUUCACAGAGAAAGAGAAACACAAGAUGGUUUGUGACGAACUGGACCAAACACUCAAUGAUCUCAAUGCCCUGUAAUAGCCGCGACACAACAACCUUCAACCUCAACCUAUUGCGGGAUGAGCUGUUCGAGCAGAAGGAGAAAUAUAAACGUGUGAGUGACGAGCUAGACAAAACCCUGAGCGACCUGAGCAGCAUGUGAGGUGCCCCGUUACCAUCUCCACGGAGACCCCCCCAUGGAACGUCCCCCCUACUCCUGUACAACAAUCAGACUCCCGUACCCACACGUACCAACCGCCCUGAAGCAUGGUCGGGCCGUUUAGAGUUAGAGUCAUACAUCCUAGGGUCUUGGCGAAACCUUGUCUAAAGGAAAGGUAUUACAUACUAGUAUGUUCACAAUAAGGACAUGUUUGUACUUCUCAUUUUGCUUGCAGUUUUUGCCUAUUAUUUUUACCAUGGCUUCUUCUCAGUCUCGUCUAUAGAAUUAUUAAACAUGUAACUGUACAUACAAGCCAAAAUCAUUUUUUAAAAGUCAAUAAAUAUUAGUAGAGGUAAAAACUGACCUGUGCCUCAUAGGCACAUAAAGUUGUUAACAUGCAACUUACAUGUGAGAAUUACUUGCAAAAUACAAGCGAGGCAUGUUGGUUUUUAUCAUAUUUGGCCAUAUCGGAAACUACAGCAGAUGUUAGAUUAAGACCUGUGCUUGGUUAUUAAAGGUAGACGGAAUUAUUAUAUGAAUCACUUAUACCUGAUGUAGACAAAUAGGGAGGGGGCAAGUUACGUAAAUUUACCAUGAUACUGAGGAAAUUUGUACAAAUUUAGGUGCUAUCUUAUGUAGGCAGUAGUUGCCAUGUUGCCUAUGUUAUGCCACUUGAAGCAUACCCAUAUAGUACCCCCCCCCCCCCAAUUAUAUGCAAGAUGUAGUGAAAGAUGUAACAAGUGCUAUAAUAUUAAUUAUUCCUCCAAUUUUUUUUCUUUGACUAAAGUAAAGGUCAGUAAUGUUAAUCAAUAUGUAGAACAAAUGAAUAAGUGUUAACAAGGUACUGAAUGGAUCAGUUUGUAUUUCAAGUUGAUCAUGCUGGCUUUUAAUUGUACCACACAGCUACACAAACAUUCCUUUCUUUUCGUGAGACCAAAGAACUUGAUUUCAGUGAACAUGUGAACCAGAAUUUUUGGCGACACCUCAGGGGUGGAGCCACAUGUACUGGAAUGUUCACAGAUUAUGUAAUUGUGAGUGUUAAACUGUUACAGACUGCAUAAUGACUAGCUGUUGUAGUGUGUCUACAGGAAAUGGUUACUCUUUAUUCACAAGAGUCACCAUUGGAUGGAAGCACAGUAAGUGCUAUAUCUGUUGGGGCUUCAACCAAACGUCAGUAAUUGGCCAAAUCGUUUGAUGAAAGACCAGUUUUUAUAUGAAAGCAUCAACACAAUGAGCUAGGGUGUGUUAACGACUAACAACGUUUGCAUACAAACACCAUUGCGCAUGAAGGUUUCAAAAAGGCUGUGUUAUGGUCUCCAUAACAGAAAAGUUCUGCCUGAACCAGCAUUUUUACCAUACAAACACAGUUUUGUCCAGUCUUAAUAGUUAAGCAAUAUCUUUUGCUGUAAGUCUGCUUUCUGUUACUGACCGAGAGAAUCAAUUGCUGUGGCUGCAGUUCUCUUGGCAUUUGCAGUGUGGAGCUGUUUUCAGAUGUAGAGAGUGUGGUUUUGUUUCGUAGCAGGACCAAGUGGAUACUGAUGUUGUUUUGAGAAGGUUUCAAGUUUGGAGUCUGGCUAGUUGAAUUCUGUCUAAUAAUUUCCUCAUGAGCAGUAAACUGUCAAAUAGCAAUAUGUGGACAAUUUUAGCCUUAUCCUACUAUAGAAAUUGCAUAUCCUAAGGAAAAAUAGUGUCAUUGUUUGCAAAUUAUUGCAUAUGUGCAUUAUACUUGUAGAGAGCUAUAGGAAGAAUAGAUAAUGGUUUUACAUUGCUAUUGAGACAGACAUGUUUUGAAUGAUGUUGCCAAAUAAUUUCAUGUAACUAGGUAAAAAGUCCCAUGCACAAGUAUGAUUUGCACUCUUUCAUAAGUAGUAUGCUUCUUUUUUGGUAUUUCCCAGUCGGUUUUACAGUGAAUAAACUCGUAUAUUCAUAAGA